UUUGAUAUAAUUUUCAUAAUUUUGGUAACCUUAAAUGUAAUUUAUCACUAAAGUAACACCUAUCAUACACUUAUAAUGGCUCUUUCGGAUUCAAUGUUUUUAUUUGAGUUUGGUAUAAAAGACCUAAAGUGGUACAUAAUAGAGAAAGAAUUAAAAGUUGUCGCUCAAUUUGCUGAGAUAUUUAAGACGACAAUCAAAAAUCCAAUAAAUACCUCGUUACCUAAGAAAACACGAAAAGUAAUAGUUCAACCAAAACAAAAGGUAAGAAAAAAUAAUACCACGAUCAAGAAAUCUUUAAACCUGAAACCACAAUUGGGACAAUCAAUAUUAAUAGUCACCAAACUACCUGUACUUGUAUCUUAUAUGAAGCAUUUUCCACUCGAGUUGACUCUAUGGAGGGAUACUAAUCCAAAUUUAAAACUGGGUUCUGUUGUAAUACCAUGGAACAAGAUAUAUACUGAAUAUUUGACUGAUGUAGAAAAAAAUACGACAAUUCUACCACCUUAUUCACAGGGUGUAUAUAGCAUUUAUGAUGAAUUAAGCUCAAAGAGAGUAGUUUCCAUUGAUCUGAGUAUUAAGUUAACGUAUUUAGGUAACAAAAUAACAAGCCACUUUAGGUCUAUUUCCAAAAACGUGCCUAUUCUUAUUUACACACAAAACAAUUCAAAAACCAACAUGAUUUUAAGUACUUUUAACAAUAUUAAAAGUAAAGAGCACGAUCAAAAUAAGCUUAAUAGCAAACAUGUUACUCAUAUUAAACCUGGAAUAAUAGAAAAUAUAGUUUCGUUAACAAAUACGAAGAACAAAUCUAAUGAAAACAGCUCGAUCAAAUCAUUGCACGAUACAGUCUACAAAACAAACACGGUUAAAAGCAAAUCUAUAAUAAUUGAUGAUAAACAAAAAGAUAUUAAUAAGAGUAGGUCAUGUUUAUCAAUUGGUGGUAAACGAAACGAAAGGAAAAACGAAACAUUAAAAUAUAUAUUUGGAGAUCCUUCGAGUACGUUUGGUAACAAAGUAUACUGUGUCGGAUAUUUUUCUGUUAAAAAUGACUCUUCUCCUCAAAACUCUCCUAAAGAAUCUGACGUGGACAACGUGGAAGGACCAAGUGUUCUAAAAAAAAUUAAAUAUAAGAAAUGUGCUAGUGAUUGUCGUGGUAAAGAAAGAUUAGGUUCAAGUUCAACAAGCGCAAAUUCUGUAGACUUAUCAGAUGAAGAUGCUAAAAUCAGAAUAACAAAAUGUAAAGAUAUUAAUUGUAAUGACAGAGUUCACAGGAGAUUACCACCAUCAGGAGCUGAUGGUAGAAUUAAUUUAGAUAUUUCGAAUUUAGGAAACCAAUGUUGUAAUGACAAUAAAACUGUAGAAAAAGUUGAAGAAGUGAUAGGUGGAGUGAAAGCUAAAAUGAAAUAUGGAGAAGAUCCAUGUUUUUGCACUUGUGAAUGUACAUUUGGUUUUACUAAGAAAACAACGUAUUGUGGAGUUUGUGGUGGGUACGAAUUAGCUGGUGAUGAGCUAUCCAAAACACCGUUCCACGAAAUGCCAAUACCUUGCCCUAUAUUUCAUAAAAUCGUUGAUAAAAGUAAGUUAAAAACAUGGAGUACUUCCGGUAGUGAAAGUCGAAAAAAAGUAGAUGAUCAAAAGAACUUAAAAAUGAGUUCUCCUCUUCAAAAAGCAGCGGCUUCUGAUAAGCCUCUAACGGUUAUUGAGAAGAAAAGCGUUGAAUCCGAAAAAGACUCGAAGAAAGGCAAGAAAAAAAGAAAAGAUGACAGGUUUAAAUUCAAUUAUGGUUAUAAAGGUAUACCUCCUCAAAUUGGGCAUAGUAAGUGUGGUUUACCUUGUACGGGUACAUUAGAAAAUGUUCCCAAAAAUAUGGGUUGGCUUUGGACUGCAGAAGAUGUGCCAGGGAUGAAGUUUCGCCCUAUGUGGAAACCAGGUGCAACGAAUAAACACGUGGUAAGAUUAUUAAAGAUAGCAAAAAAUCCAGGUCAAAUUAUGUCUAAGAAGAAACGAAAAGAUACAAACAAAAGGAAACGCCCCCUUAAAAGACCUUUACUUAUUGUUCACAAAAAGGAUGGUGAAUUUACUAUUACUAUGGAGACGAUGAAAACAUAUUUAAAACCGAGGGCUUUAAAUCAACAGCCUUAUGAGGAUAAGCCUGUUGUUACAUACACUAUAGGUAGAACAGACGAGGAAAAUCGAAUACGUCUUAAGAAAAAAGAACGAGUACGUAGACGGCUCGAGAGAGCUCAACGAGAAUUUAUACAGAACACUUUUAAAGAUAUGUGUCAAGAAAUUUGCUUAAAAACAUAUCAGCAAGCCCUUGGUAUAUUACCUGACACUGAAGAUCCUAAAUGUUUGUGUUAUCCAGCUCUGCCAACUCCAAAGACUACAAAUAUGAACUUAUCUUGUUCCUGUUCGGAAGACGAAUCAUCAAUUGGCUCUGAUACUGAUUCUGAUGAAUGGAUUGUUGAGUUUACCCCUCCUAAUGCGAUAUUUGAUCCGAGUUAUAAAGGAAAAAAAAUAAUGAAAGUAGAUAAUGGUUCACAAUAUUCAUAUCUUGAUUAUAGAGUUAAGCUCGUAGAUAGAUUUGGAAAUAUCGUUCCAAGGUUCUUUAAAGGUCUUGAUGGAAAGGAACAAUGCAGUGACUUAGGUGGCUUUUGGAGUCCUGACCAUAAAUGGUUAGAAAUAAACGUUGAUGGCUAUAUAGCUCCAGAUGGCAGAUGGGCGCCAAAUACAUUUAUUGGGCCAAGCGGCGAGCAGGUUGACGCGGAGACUGGAAAAUUUCAGGCUAUGAAUGGUAAAUGGCUAGUUGUUGGCGUUGAUGGGUAUAUUGAUAGUAAUGGUAAAUGGAAAUAUUACCCUACAUCAGCAGGAUCAUUAAAGAAAAAGAAACAUCGCGGUGACCAAACAAAAAAAAGGAAAACAGGUGAUAAGAAAUAUGACAAGUCUGAAACAAGUUGGAGUUGUUUUGGAGAUGUUUCUCCUAGACAAUUAUCAAAGUUAGGAAUUGUAGGUCAUGGUGGCGACAGAAAAUUACUUAUUUCUACACUACAAGACAUGUUGGCACACGGAGAAGACGUAAAUAUACCUCAACCUAAGACAGUGUUUCAUCUGCCUCUUUCUAAGAAAACUAAACUCGGUACAAAGGAAAUUAAUAAAAUGAAUAUAGGUAGUUUAAGGGGGAAAAACAAGUGCCAUCACCCCGUACCAUCUGAUAAAGGUAUUGUGGCUGUCGAUGCAUACGGCAAUAAGACGUAUUUCAAAUUAAGACAUCGUAAAAAUGUACGCCCACGGGAAAGAUUGGCGGCCCUGGAAGACCGGGGUAUAAGCUUAAGUUCGUUUCAUGUACCAUGUUUUCAUUCUUUUAUCAAUUCGGAAGUUAUGAAACAGCAGCAGCGUGAUCGUCUUCUUGCACAGACGACAAAAACCACAGCGACGCAGGUUUAAUAACUUUUAUGUCCAUUGUCCAAACUCAUAUAUUUAUUUCUGUUUGAAGUGACAAUUUGUAGU